AGUAUUACGAACGUCAGUUCCAAACAAAAAAAAAAGGAAAAAAAAUUUGGAAAUUCAUUUAGAACCUUUUAUUUUAUAAUUACUGGAUUUUUUGGUGAUCCAAUAUGCUCUACAGGCAGUUCUGCUCUCAAGCCUAAUCCAAAUCUCUGUUUCUUCAGAAUGAUGGAAGUAGCUAACUGGUUGACCUUGGGACUCCUCUUAACUCUAAUUUUUCUCUCGAAAUUUAUUUUCUCAAAAUAUGAAAACAACAAAAACUACCCUCCUACUCCUCCUUCUCUUCCGAUCAUCGGCCAUCUCCACUUGCUGAAAGAACCAGUUCAUCGAGCUCUUCACGACCUUUCAGCAAAAUAUGGUGACGUCUUACUUCUCCGAUUUGGGAUUUGUAAAGUUCUACUGGUCUCCUCACCAGCUGCAGUUGAAGAGUGCUUUACAAAAAAUGACGUCAUCUUUGCUAAUCGCCCACGCUGGCUUGCCGGAAAACACCUCAAUUACAAUUACAGAACAGUAGGAACGACCCCCUAUGGUGCACGGUGGCGCAAAAUUAGGCGCCUUUUAGCUUUAGAGGUUUUCUCUACAUCUAGACUUGCCAUGUUUGCGAACAUUCGUCAAGAGGAAGUUCAGUUGUUGCUAAAGGAAUUAUUUCAGCACUCAAUUGGUAAAAAAGAGGCCGUGAAAGCGAACCUUUCUUCGAAAUUUGUGGAUCUCUCUUUUAAUGUGAUGAUGAGAAUGGCUGCAGGAAAACGUUAUUAUGGAAAGGAUGUAAUAGACAAACGGGCAAGUGAAUUUCGUGAUAUUAUAAGAGAAUUUGCGGAGAUUCAUGGAAUUAUGAAUUUGAAUGAUCUUUUGCCAGUGCUACAGUUGAUUGAUUUUCAAGGCGUGGAGAAAAAAAUGAAAGGAGUGAUGAAGAAAAUGGACACCUUCUUACAGUGUCUUGUUGAUGAGCAAAGGAAAAUUAGGAGUACUGAAUCUGCAUGUAAUAAUGAAAGAACGAUGACUCUGAUUGAUGUUUUGUUAUCUUUACAGGAAAUAGAACCAGAAUUCUAUACCGAUGUGAACAUCAAAGCUGUUGUUCUGGUUCUGCUGGUGGCUGGAAGUGAAAGUUCAGCAACUACAAUGGAAUGGACAAUGUCACUUCUCCUCAACCAUCCAGAAACUAUGAAAAAGGUUGUGACUGAGAUAGACACUUAUGUUGGAUUCAACCGUCUAUUGGAUGAAACAGACUUAUCGAAGCUAACUUACCUGCAAAAUGUAAUCAAUGAAACAUUUCGGCUAUAUCCAACAUUUCCUCUUCUACUACCACAUGAAUCGUCGGAUGACUGUAGCAUCUGUGGUUUUGAUGUGCCGAAAGGCACAGUGUUACUUGUCAAUUUGUGGACUAUUCACAGAGACCCCAAGCUGUGGGUAGAGCCAACCAAAUUUUUGCCAGAGAGAUUUGAAAGUGAAGAGAGUGACGGUUAUAAGUUAAUUCCAUUUGGUAUUGGAAGGCGGGCUUGUCCUGGAGCUGUUCUAGCGAGGAAAGUGAUGGUAUUAGCAUUAGGUGCUCUGAUUCAGGCUUUUGAAUGGGGUAGGAUUAACAACGAGGAGAUCAAUAUGGCACAAGGAAAUGGACUGACAAUGCCCAAAGCUGAGCCCUUGGAGGCUAUGUGUAAACCUCGCCAAGCCAGAGUCGGUCUUCUCUCGGCUCUGUAAAUUGUAUGAUGAAGAAAUUUUCUAUUGCGUACAAGGAAAACGGUAAUUUGCUUAGCAAAUUAUAUAUUUACAUAGGUUAUUAUCAUAUAUAUAUAGUAAAAACACCAGGUUAAAUCUAUUUUGAAUACUUCAUUACGAAUUAUUUUCACUUUUUAUUUAGAAUUUGUACUUCAAAAGAUUAUACAAUAUAGUUACAAUAACCAUCAA